UUUCUUUGCACUCGCCGGCAGUUGCAAUGUGGGAGACAUGAUUGACGCGGCCGCCAUUUUGCUGGCCGCGCUUCCAUUGUGUGCGAGAUCGUAAAUAUCUGACACUGCAACAACACGCUCGACACCCUGCGAUAAAACGCCGCUUAAUUUACCCUGGGUGAUACUCGGUGGUCAUGGCUCGUACCAAGCAAACUGCCCGUAAAUCCACAGGAGGAAAGGCUCCUCGUAAACAGCUGGCCACCAAGGCCGCUCGCAAGAGCGCCCCCUCAACUGGUGGCGUCAAAAAGCCCCAUCGUUACAGGCCUGGUACCGUGGCUCUGAGAGAGAUUCGUCGGUACCAGAAGUCCACGGAGCUGCUGAUCCGCAAGCUGCCCUUUCAGCGCCUGGUCAGGGAGAUUGCUCAGGACUUCAAGACUGACUUGCGUUUUCAGAGCGCCGCUAUUGGUGCUCUGCAGGAGGCCAGUGAGGCAUACCUGGUGGGCCUAUUUGAGGACACCAACCUGUGCGCCAUCCACGCCAAGCGGGUCACCAUCAUGCCCAAGGACAUCCAGCUGGCCCGCCGAAUCCGCGGAGAGCGUGCUUAGAAAGGAUUUUUCACCUUUGUCCCUUUUAUUUCUUUCUUUGCCUUGCCUCACCCCCUCCCAUCUCCCCAGCUUCUCUGUAGACUUUUAAGAGGUAGAAUUACGUUGAUGUUUGGUCUCUGCGGUUUCUUUGUCUUCACCAAAUGUUUCAUGCAAACUUUUUUGUGCACGUACAAGGUGUUGCAGAUCAGGCAAACAUAGGCACGCACGUUCAACCAUGCUGGGUUUGAGAGGGGCGUAUCCAGACACCAGUCACACCUUUGGGUCCAUGUUGGACUCCUGGGCUGCGGAUGGGGUGAGAAGAAGGGCUAGUCUGCUUAAGGGGAGCUGCAACUUCCACAGCAGGGUGCUAUUAAAACUAGUCUGACACUUCUGCGCCGUCUUACUUGACACACAUCUAGUCAGUCGUAACCUCUCCUCUCAUUGCGCACCAGCAGCUCGACGACUCGCUCCACCUUUUCAAAGCACAUCUCUGCCUCGAAAGUGUGUGCGGGCAGUCAGUUUGCGUGCAUGUGUGAACUCUGAUCUUCUCGACCAGCUGUAAUCGACAAGCAAAAAAAUCUUCAUGGGAUUAUUGUGGAAAUGGUGUCUAUUUUUGUUUUACUUGUCAAAAUCACAAAUCAACCCAUCCUUUUCCACUUCUGGAAUUGAAGCAUGAAAAAAAAUGUUGAAGGCUUUUUUUUUUUUUUAAAUAGUAACAUGAAUUGAAAAUCAAAGGGCUUCUGUCCAACAUUGAGCUAUAUUUUUAAUUGCAGGCACAAAGGGGCGACAUUUUACCAGCAGUCGUUGCCUGUUGGGGAACAAACCUUGUUUUCUUUGGUGUCAUGUGGUUUUAUUCCGCAACAUAAUUUAACAGGACAUACAGCUGAGGUGGUCAUUUCUCACGUCUCUAAUUCUCUGUCCCUUUCUCCAAAUUUGUAAGACACACUAUAACCUCAUUGCUUUAUUUUAUAUUUUUUGGUAAAGGCUCAAGAUUUUCAAAUGUAUGAAUAAGCUGAUCUUUGUAUUUUCCAAAUUACGGUAGCAUUAAAUAGAUGUUAAAAAGAAACCAAUGUAAGUUGCUGUUUGUUUUGCUCAAUUAAGAUCCAGAAACUUGUGUGUGCCAUAUGUUUAUAUACGAUAUAUUUGCAGAUACCACAUAAGGAAUGACUUAAGUGGUUGUACGGUAAAAAACAAAACAAAAAAAACCAAAUAUGAAACCAUUUGGAAAAAACAGGAAGUACGACCGUGACUGAGCGUGCACCACGGUAACCUUAGUCGUAUACCGGGACCUUUGUAAACCGAGGACCACCUGUAAUAGAAUUGUGAUAGAAACUGAUUUAAGUAUACAGUACUGCAUAAACCCCUUGCAGCUACCAGUACCCUUGCAAUGAUGCCAUACCCCCUAGCGGAUGUCAUCUGACUCGCUUUGAGGCAAUGCAAAAAUCGUAAAUAAUUUACGCAUAUAAUUGCCAUGGGGGGGAAGCGUGAAUAAGCGAGGGAUCAGGAAAAAGACGACAUAAGCGGGUGGUUCCUAAAAGAAUCCGCGAAUAAUGAACUGCAAAUUUGCACUACUCAUAUGUGGGUGUUUAUUCGAUUACAGGCCUUUUUGUGUCCUUGAUGUAAAAGUGUAAGAAAAAAAUUGAUUUUUUUCAAUAACCAGCAGUGGGCGUGCCUAAUUAUAAGUGUUGGCUAAAAUUCCAUGUUAAUAUUAGUAUAUUCUGACAUUUUUUGAGCGGUUUUAUGGUGGUAUUUUACAGUUUUCACCCUGUCCCUAGCCCAGGGUUUGGUUAUAUGAAGCUCUAUCUUACUACUAAAAAAAUGCUAAAAUGGUGUAACUUUUACCAUAAAUUCCUUAAAAUAUAAUAGAAUUAAUGAUUUGUCAUCAUAUAUACAAACAUUUCAAAUUCUGUCUUUUAUUCUUACUAAAAUAUGCCUGUCCCUUAAAGUUGCUGUCAUUACCGCCACAUUGACCAUUUUCAGAUCAAUAAAGUUGAUUCAAAAUCUGA